AUGCCACGUAAGCUACGUAAGAAUAUACGUAAGAGGAAGGGAGCAUUGAAACAUCCAAUAGUAAAACUGACACCACAACAACAGUUGCAACAACAAAUGAUGAAUGACCCCACUAUGUUGCAACAAAUGUCAAGCAACCCUAUGCUUUUAAACCGAGUUAUUGGUGCACAGAGUGGAGGUUUAAGAGCGGCACUUUUAGCGAAAAUGGCAGGCUAUGGUGGAGCUGCAGACGGAACAGCUUAUAACCUUCAAAGUCAAAUGAAUUUGAGUUCACUCAAAAAUCAAAUAACAGAUGUCAAAAAGUCAAACAUAGACAUACAGAAACUGUUUCGUACCGAAAUGGCUCACAAAAAAGUGACAGAAAACCUUAAAUUGCGCGGCAAUUUUAAUUAA